UUCGUUAUCUUCGCAAUCUUCAUUUGCUUUGAAUCUGUGCAUUGCAGAUCAUUAGAAAAUUUCACAAGCGACACUCUGCUGUUGAGGAGCAGACGAUCUUUGUCUCUUAGUAGCUUCAAACGCAUGCAGGCAAACUGGAAAUAUUCUAAGGAAGAGAUAAGAGAAAUGUUUGAGACAUAUUAUAAAUGUAUUGAGGAAGCGAAUAAACGUGAAAAUCGUAUAAAGGAAGCGAUAACGGCUGUUCUUGCGCUAGAAGGACAGAGAGUCGAGCUAAAGUGUCCUUCUUGCCGGAGACCGGACCAAGAUUCCGGACAGGCCCGUCUGUUCUGGCAGCGAGUUCGAAACGUAGACGCAUCAACCACGCAUAUAGAUCCUUCGGCCAAGGGAAUAAAAAUGAAGAAAGACAUGACGCUAAUCAUCAAACACGUUGACGUCAGUGACGCGGGUCAGUACUUCUGUGUGAAAGAUGGUGAUUCUGAAAUUAUUUAUCAAGUCGACGUUCUAUUCCGGGAACCACAGCGUACAGUCUCUGAGAAAAAUAUAGAGUCUCUACUUCCGGCGCAAAAGCUGAUUGAUCAUAAUCUUGAAGUAUUCACUCAUUGGUCCGAGUGGGGUGAGUGUGACCAGUGUGACAAGAAGGGCCGGAGACUCAAGUUCGGUACAUGUAUGGUACAGAAGAUAGACGCAGACAAACCUAUUGUUCCAGUGGAUGUCCCCAUCAUGACUUUAUAUCCAAAUGGUGUUCCCUGUCGCUCAACGGUAUUGUCAAGGCCAGUAGCCCAUCUGCCCGGAAUCAAAGGAAGAAAAAGUGAAAUAAUUGCAGGUGAAUGUUUCCAAGCUUGCCCGUCUACACCAGCUCCAAUACAGGUUACAGACAAGAACGGCAAAGUCGUAGAAAUUAUUGAAGGCGGAUAUCACCCUAUCGGCAAAAAACCUGAAUUACCUCCCUUGGUGAAGAGGAAGGUCUUGCAUAAAGCGUCAGGAACUCACGUGACAUUGACGUGUCCCACCUCAGAGAAAGGAAAGGUUAGGUGGCAGAGAGGAGACAGACCUAUAAAUACCGCUACAAUACGGCGUCAGACGAAGGGAAGGGUCUUCAUUGACAAACUCAAUCGUUUGCACAUCCGGAAGUUACGUAUACGUGACAGCGCCCCCUAUAAUUGUUGGAUUUGGCAGCGUCAUGUAGCAGCCUUCAAAGUCAUUGCGUUUAAACCGAUGAAUGAAAACUUAAAGCAUUAUAUUACCUAUGGUGGACUGUUUUUAACCAUUGUAGCAUUUCCGAUAUAUUGUGCGUGCAAACUGUGCCUGGCAAAGCCAAAGAGACGAAAAAGAUAA